CAUUCUCAUUGGCCGGGAGACGUGCCAGUCACCAGGGACCCGCCCCUUUUCAUAAAUCGGCACUUUCUUACUGGAAUACCAUUAGUCAAACUUCGCAAUAUGGCGACAGGACAGUCUGGGGAGAUGGAGAGGAUAGAAAAUACCAGCCGAGCUCUUCACCCUGGCUUUGGCAAUGAUAAGUAUUCCCUGCUUGUCGUAAUCGGACAGCACAGUCGCCCCGGCCUAGUGGAAUACGUGCUCGAAGAGGUCGAAAGAGGUAUUCGCUCCUGGGAUGUGAAUCUGACCACCUGUAACCUGGACGAGCAGCUGAAACUGUUUGUGUCAAGACACUCGGCCUCCUUCUCUGAGGAACUCAAAGGUCAGAGAACGCUGCAGCAUGGUGGAGACGUCCUGGAGAGCCGGGUGGUGGUGAACCCCUCCCAAGCGUACGUGUGUUCAGAGGUUCGUCGGUUGAUAUCCGAUUCAUCUCGUCACAAGCUGCUCAUUCUUGCAGGACAGUGUGUAGAGGAGACGGGGGAUCUGGUCUUGCAAACGGGGUGCUUCUCUCCCCAUGACUUUAUUCAGAUUUUUACAGAUGAAGAGAUUGGUGAGCUGUUGAGCUCUGCAGACCCGACACAGAAAGCUUGCCUGACGUUGAGUUGUCCCAACUCUGGUGUAUGGAAGAAUUCUGUGUUGGAGAAACACAAUCUGCAGGACUUUAUUGAGAUCAAAACCAAUCCACCCUCAGUGUUGCCAGCGAUGGAAGGCCUGCAAGAGUUUACAGAAUAUCUUUUGGAGUCUUUGGAACCGCAGUCUCCUUUUGAUCUGCUCGAGCCUCCCAGCACUGUAGGUUUUCUCAAGCUUUCUCGUCCUUGCUGCUAUGUCUUUCCUGGAGGGAGAGGCGAUUCUGCCUUUUUUGCCGUGAAUGGCUUUAAUGUCUUGGUCAACGGUGGGUCAGAUCCACGCUCCUGUUUUUGGAAGCUUGUGCGUCAUUUGGACCGAGUUGACUCUAUGCUGCUCACUCACAUUGGGGUUGACAACCUGCCUGGCGUGAACAGUAUGUUGCAAAGGAAGGUCGCUGAGCUUGAGGAGGAGCAGUCUGCAGGCUCCCAAGGCAAUGAGGACUGGAUGAAGAAUCUCAUAUCGCCUGAAAUAGGGGUAGUUUUCCUGAAUGCCCCAGACAGGCUCCAAGCAGUCCCUGGGGACCCCAAAGUACUCCAGAGCUGCCACCAGGUGGCACUCACCUUACAAUACCUGGAAAAAUUAUCAAUCACACCAGAGCCACUCUACCGCCCCAACAACUCUAAUAUCGAGCCAAUCAUUCUCUUCCAGAAAAUGGGAGUUGGUCGCCUUGAGAUGUAUGUCCUCAACCCUGUCAAGGGCAGCAAGGAACUGGAGGCCCUCAUGCGAACUUGGCCUCAAAAUGUGUCAAACACCAAAGGAUCAGAGUUUCCUGUACCCAGCCUGGUCUCCAUCUGCGCUCUGCUGGUGUGGCAUCCUGCUAGUUUUCAUGAAAAGAUUAUUCGAGUCCUGUUCCCAGGUUGUACACCACAGGCUAAGAUCCUGGAGGGACUGGAUAAACUGAAGCACCUUGACUUCCUUAAGCACCCAGUAGUAAGCCUCAAAGAUCUUGAGGCGUGCAAAUUAGACAAGCCUCCAAAACGAACUGACAGUCGGGAAAGCCUGAAGUCAGCAACCAAAGAGUCUAGACCAGCAAGUGCUGCCCUAAAGGAGAAACCUGUACGUGUUGAUAUCAAGAAGCAAGACUUAAAGGGCAAAACCAAAAUGACAAAUGACUUUGCUUCUAAAGAUGGCAAAGAAGGUGAAGAGAAACACAAACCAAAGGAUAGUGAUGUAAAGCCAAAAGUGGUAAAAGCUGAAAAGCCUCUAUCAAAGAAAGAACCUUCAAAGGAUGAUAAGAAGGAAGUAAAAAGGGAGGAAAAGGCCACAGUUGUCACUUCUAAAAAAGAAGACAUUGGAGAAAAGAAGGACCAAACCAAAAAGGAGCCACCUCCAGUGAAAUCCAAGAAGGAAACAAAGGUAGAACCCAAGAAAGAUCUCAAGAAGGAAAGUAAGCUUGAAGAGAAGAAACUGAAAACCCUUAGCAAGGAGGUGAAAAAGGUACCAGGAGGAUCUGUUCCUUCAUCUUCUGCUCUGGACCAAAAGAAAAAUAUAGGCAGAAAUGGGGCUUUAAAGAAGGAGGGAUCUGCCCCAAGGAAGGAAGCCAAUAAAGCGGCUAAAUCGAAAAAGGAGAAGGAAAGCCAAAAAGCCCCUCCUUCCACACAAGAAGAUGCAGAUCGCUCCAAGAUGUCCACACCAGAGGAUAUGACGGCGGAGUUUGAAAAGCUGCGAGAGGAGAGUGCGCAGGAUGACGUAGGCCCAUGUGGGAUGAGCAGGUGUAAUACAACCAGUGAAGGGGCUGCCACAAUAGGAAGGGCAUCUUCAGAGCAGGUAUCGUCUAAGAAGUUGGAGGAUCAUUGUCAGCUUGAUGGGGCAAAUGUAGGGGAGGCAAAUGCAAAUUUAGACAGUCCAGAGAAAUUCCGAUGCAUGGAAACCCUUAGCAAUCCUAGCAAGGCUAUGGGACCACCCUCUCCUCUGGCCAAGACUCCAAAAAGUGACCGCAGCGUUAACUUUGACCUCACACCCACAGAAUAUCGGUUACUUGAGGGAGCCCUGAAGAACAAUUUGAUAAGAAAUGGCCAAGAUGAUGCGUGUGCCAGCUCUGACGAGAAGACUCUUGAAUUAGUCUCUCCCCCAGGGUCAGGUCCAAUCAGUGCUGGGCAUACACCUUUCCAGCAGUCUCCUGAGGCAGAACCCCUAGGGUCUGGAGAAGACAGUAGCCUCGGUGGUAAAAUAUCUAGCUUGGGGUUUGACGACAGCCGACCCAAUGGGUCCUGUAGAAACUCUGAAUUGGGAUGCCCUAAAAACAACGUAGAGAACAAUUCCUCCUCCUCUCAGGAGAAGCACUCAAGCUUCCUGUCGUUGAGCCCUGUAAAGGACAUGAUACCCGAUGUUUCCCCUACUAUUACCACCCCUUCCCUGCCAGCUGAAGUUGGCUCCCCGCACUCUACAGAGGUUGAUGAAUCUUUAUCGGUUUCUUUUGAGCAGGUACUUCCACCGCUGAAUGAGUCGCCUAAGGAAGAUAUGGACGUCAGGCCCUACUCAAAUGGGCACUACGACCUGGAACCUAAAACGGGAAUGUCCUUGCCUUUGAGGGCGUCUCAUAACAUGAGGCAACCAGGUGAUGGCUCGGAGGGGCGCUUCCCUGGACCACAGGACUUUAUCACAGACAUUCCUCCCCAUGAUGUCGAUUUGUGUCUGGUGUCCCCCUGUGAAUUUCAGCAUCCCAAACCUCCUGAGAACCAACGCAUUCCACUUUCUCCCGGGCUGGCUAACCCUGGUUCACGUGAUCUUUCUGACGACAGUGACCUCUCCCAGGAGCUGGCGAAGCCACUUGCUCAGUGUUACGCAGCUGACGAUCUGCAUUCACCCCAGGGGCAAGAGACACCCCCAACUUCUGCCAGUGAAUCCCUGCCCACGGCUUCAGAGUCUGAUGUGCCUCCAGGCACUGAGGACUGUCCCUCCAUUACUGCAGAUUGCGGGCUGGACUCUGACGAGGAUUCAGGGGGCAAUUUCCCACCCCACCAGCCACACGACCAUGUCAGAUCUCGCGCGUCUCAGAGGGGAACUCGUCACUCUUCCCAAGAUCCUCCCCCUGCACCCAUGAAGGACUUGCCCCCGCUGCCCCCGCAGCCUGGUGCCUGCAUGGCUGAUCCUGAGGCCGAAACACAAGGCAAAAAUGGGAAGAAUGUAACUACAAAAUCCAAGAAGCCCACUGGAGGCAUGCAGAGAGUAAGCUCGGCUAACAUCUCCACACAGAACAGCAAGACAAAGGCCGGCACCUCAGCAACGGCUAGUGGGACUACGAAAGCAAGCUCUGUUGACACGAGACCUCCAUCACGCAGCACAGUCCCUGCUUCCAAAGUGGGAGUCAUGAGGUCUGCUACAGCCAGCUCAGGGAGCAGUAAGCCAAGUUCACCUGUUUGUUUGGAACUGGCCUACCUCCCCUCUGGCUGUGCCGCUGCCACCGUUGACGUCGAGUUCUUCCGCCGUUUACGUUCCUCUUGUUACAUCGUCAGCGGGGAUGAGCCCCUCAAGGAGAACAUUAUGAGGCCCAUUUUGAAUGCGCUACUGGAAGGCAAAACGGCCUGGCCUGGUGUGCAAGUGACUCUGAUCCCCACCUUUGACUCCGUAACUAUGCAUGAGUGGUACCAAGAGACUCAUGAGAGGCAGAGGGAGCUGAGCAUCACUGUCCUUGGCAGCAACAGCACCGUCGCCAUGCAGGAGGAGACCUUUCCUGCCUGCAAAGUGGAGUUCUGAUUGGAGGGGAAGGUCUAUGCAUUAUAAUGCACCGCCCAGACCCACAGUGGCACAGUCCCUCCCUCUCUUCUUCCCUCCUUUAUUGUGUAGCAACUGCUCUUCACUCCUUCACAACCCACCCCACCCCCCCUUGUUCUGUCAGGGUGUGUGAUCUGUAACCUGCGAUGUAGUUUUCUGGGGGGUGGGGUGAUGAUUAUUUGAGGGGAGGAAAUUGAAUAUGUGCAAUCAUGCUACUCUGGUAAGCCUCAAAGCGAACUGACCAAAUUGGUAAUAAUAGAAAAUUGGAACUAGUGUUCUAUUUACAUGCUGCAGAAGCUGCUCAGUGGAUCCAAGGCGCA